CCAGAAUAUCAUCGCUCCCUGGCGAGGACAAAUCGCAGGGAUUCAAGCUCCCCCGCAGCGGACUUCUUGCCGAAGUUUGUCGACGGAGGGCACGUCGCAACUCCGAUUUUUCGGCUGAAUGAGGGGCCAAGACUGCGUGUCAUUGUUGUUGCUCUGCAGUGACUGCCGCCACGGCUAUUUGUGCUUCAUCUGCCCUUUCUCUCUUUGAAUUCCUGGGUAUAUAUAUCUGAGCGAUUGUUACCUGGAAAUUGGCUUAAGUCUGUCUGCUGAAUACCCUGACAUUGAGUCGCUGUCAUUAUGGACCCUUCCAAACCUGCGGUGACGUCGACAUUGAUGGAACCCAGGUACAUCCAGUUUCCCAGUCUUCCUGAUGAUGCGAAGCAUGAUGACGGAACGCCGGCUUUGAAUAGAUAUUCGAGCACCAUCACUCGAGGUCAUGACUUCCCCGGUGCUAAGGCAAUGCUGUAUGCGGCCGGCGUGCCCGAUCAGAAUGCCAUGGCCAAAAGUCCUCAGGUUGGCAUCGCGUCUGUGUGGUGGGAGGGCAACCCGUGUAAUAUGCACCUUUUGGACAUGGGCAAGACCGUGAAGAAGGCGGUUACGGACAAUGGAAUGAUUGGAUGGCAGUAUAAUACGAUUGGUGUCUCAGAUGCCAUCACUAUGGGUAGUGAAGGCAUGAGAUUUUCUCUUCAAACGCGCGAGAUUAUCGCCGAUAGCGUCGAGACGGUCACCUGUGCCCAAUAUCACGAUGCUUGCAUCGCAAUCCCCGGAUGCGAUAAGAAUAUGCCGGGAGUGGUUAUGGGCAUGGCCAGACACAAUCGGCCGUCGAUAAUGAUCUACGGCGGCACGAUCCAGAUCGGAUACUCCGACCUUCUCCGGAAGCCAAUCAACGUGUCUUCGUGUUUUGAAGCGGCCGGCGCCUAUGCAUACGAUACUCUCCGCCAGCCAGAUGACGGUGGUGACACAAGCAAAACGAAGGAUGAAAUCAUGGAUGAUCUCGAGAAACAUGCUUGUCCCAGCGCAGGCGCCUGUGGGGGCAUGUUUACGGCGAACACCAUGGCUACGGCAAUCGAGUCGAUGGGCCUGUCCUUGCCCGGGUCCUCCUCUACGCCUGCAACUUCUCCGUCUAAGAUGCGCGAAUGUGCAAAGACAGCUGACGCUAUCAAGAUCUGUAUGGAGAGAAACAUCAAGCCUCGGGACCUGCUAACCAAACGAUCCUUCGAAAACGCACUGGUUAUAACAAUGGCCCUGGGUGGAAGCACCAACGGCGUGCUUCAUUUCCUCGCCAUGGCCCGAACCGCCGGUGUUGACCUCACUCUGGAUGACAUCCAGAGAGUUAGCAACAAGAUUCCCUUCAUUGCGAACCUUGCUCCGAGCGGGAAAUACUACAUGGCGGACCUGUACGACAUCGGCGGUGUUCCGUCGGUCCAGAAGUUGCUCAUUGCCGCGGGCCUAUUGGAUGGUGACAUCCCUACCGUGACCGGCAAAACCUUGGCUGAGAACGUGGCAUCCUUCCCCUCGUUGCCUGACGAUCAAGUCAUCAUUCGCCCCCUAGACAACCCCAUCAAGACGACCGGUCAUUUGCAAAUCCUGCGUGGCAACCUAGCCCCUGGGGGAGCGGUUGCGAAGAUCACCGGGAAGGAAGGCACCAAAUUUGUCGGCAAGGCACGAGUGUUCGACAAGGAGCACCAGCUCAACGAAGCUCUGAAUCAGGGGAAGAUCCCCCGAGGCGAGAAUUUGGUCAUUAUCGUUCGCUACGAGGGUCCCAAGGGCGGGCCGGGUAUGCCGGAACAGCUCAAGGCCAGUGCCGCAUUAAUGGGCGCCAAACUCACCAACGUGGCCCUGAUCACGGAUGGAAGAUAUUCGGGAGCAAGCCAUGGGUUCAUCGUCGGCCACAUUGUCCCGGAAGCCGCUGCUGCCGGACCAAUUGCUGUGGUCCGGGACGGCGAUGUGAUUACAAUCAGUGCGGAGACCAACGAGCUCAGCAUGGAUGUUUCACAAGAGGAAAUCCAGCAACGACUGCGCGAAUGGAAGCCUCCGGUGCCGCAUGUUACACGGGGAGUAUUGGCCAAGUACGCUCGACUGGUGGGCGAUGCAUCGAGUGGCGCAAUGACGGAUCUAUUCUGAAGUUCGUUCAAGUUUUCGAGUCAAUAGUUUCGAGAAUCAAAAUAGUGCUGGUAUAGUUAAUG